AUGAUGGAGCUGGUCUGUGGGAUCUCGCUGCUUUGCAAGGGCUCUGAGGAGGACAAGAUCCAGGCGGUCUUCAAAGUUUUCGACGAGAAUGACGACGGCUUCAUCUCCAUGGACGAAAUGUACAAGUUCCUAACCUCGGUAUUCAAAGUUGUCCUCACGCCUGCUGUGAUUGGCGCCAUGAACAGCAUGGGUGUGAGCGUGGAGUCGGCAGAGGACUUGGCAUCGGUGACGGCCUUGGAAUGCUUCAAGUCAGCAGACUUGAAUCACGAUGGCCGCCUCUCUAUAGAUGAGUUCAAGACAUGGUUCUACGGGCCACGGAAUGACCCGGCAUUUAUGUUCUCACCCGUGCGGAAACUGCUCCAAUGA